CGAAUCCAAAGGCGAAGGGCGCGAAGGGUGGCUGGGGAGUUCCAGAGAGGUGGCCUGCCAGGAUCCGGAGAAUUGCCCACUGCGUGUUUUGCCCAGGCCCCAGCUAGAACCAGAGCCUACUGGGACAGAAACGUGUGCCAGAGGAAUUUUCCAGGUGCUGGAAGGCUAGCCCUUGAGACUUCUGUGGUCAGCGCGGGAGGCCCCCACUGAAACUCGGGGAUCGGCUUCAGCUGAGGCCAUGCCGGGCCAGGGUCUGUGUCUUCGAGUGGCCACCCUGCUGACAGGGCUGCUGGAAUGCCUGGGCUUCGCGGGCGUCCUCUUCGGCUGGACGUCACUGGUGUAUGUCUUCAAAGCAGAGCAUUACUUUGACAAGCUGUGUGAACGGGAUGCCGGUCCCACGGGCAACUUCACAACUGACUGCAAAGCACAGGAUGAGAGGUUCUCACUCAUCUUCACCUUGGCUUCCUUCAUGAACAACUUCAUGACCUUCCCUGCUGGCUACAUCUUUGACAGGUUCAAGACCACCGUGGCUCGCCUCAUAGCCAUAUUUCUCUAUACCAGUGCCACCCUCACCAUAGCCUUCAUCUCUGCAGACUCGGCCUUCCUGCUCUUUCUGGCCAUGCCCAUGCUCACGGUCGGAGGAAUCCUGUUUCUGAUCACCAACCUGCAGGUGGGGAACCUAUUCGGUAAACACCGCUCAACCAUUAUUACCCUCUACAAUGGAGCAUUUGACUCUUCCUCGGCAGUCUUCCUUAUCAUUAAGCUCCUUCAUGAACAGGGUGUCAGCCUCAAGGCCUCCUUCAUCUUCCUUUCCGUCUUCAGUGCCUGGCAUGUUGGGCGUACUUUCCUCCUGAUGCCCCGAGGGCAUAUCCCCUACCCACUGCCCUCGAACUACAGCUACGGGCUGUGCUCUGGGAAUGACACCAGAGAGGAAGAGAAGACGGCGGAGUCCGGAAAGCUGGAGCUGCAGUCCAAGGAGUUCCUUCCAGCAAAGGAAGAUCCUUCCUCCCCAUCAGAGGCGCUAGGACCAGGGAAGCAGCCGGAGACCCGCUCUUUCUGGAGCUAUGCUCUGUCUCAGCGCUUCGCCUGCCACCUGCUGUGGCUGUCUGUGAUUCAGCUGUGGCACUACCUCUUCAUCGGCACCCUCAACUCUCUGCUCACCAGCCUGGCCAAGGGUGACAGGGAACUAGUCAGCACCUACACAAACGCCUUCGCCAUCACUCAGUUCUUCGGAGUGCUGUGUGCCCCCUGGAAUGGGCUGCUCAUGGACCGGCUCAAGCAGAAGUACCAGAAGGAAGCGAAAAGCACAGGGUCCUCUGCCAUGACAGCGGCCCUCCGCUCGGCGGUGCCUUCUCUGGCUCUGACGUCUCUGUUGUGCCUGGGCUUCGCCCUCUGUGCCUCGGUCCCCAUCCUGCCCCUCCAGUAUGUCACUUUCAUCCUGCAAGUGAUCAGCCGCUCCUUCCUCUAUGGGGGCAAUGCUGCCUUCCUCACCCUCGCUUUCCCUUCGGAGCACUUUGGGAAACUCUUUGGGCUGGUGAUGGCCUUGUCGGCCAUUGUGUCUCUGCUCCAGUUCCCCAUCUUCACCUUCAUCAAAGGCACCCUCAAGAAUGACCCGUUCUACGUGAACGUGAUGCUGGUGCUGGCCACUCUCUUGACGUUCGUGCACCCCUUCGUGGUAUACUGGGAGUGCCGGCGGGAACGGAAGUCCCCUGCAACGGCCUAGCUCUGAAGCUCUUGCUUUUUGGCCCGAGGACGCUUUGCUAAUCUUUCCCCGCUGUGGAGGACCCCGUGUCCAGGAACACUCUGCCUGCCAGGCUACUAGUAUUAACUAGCCAUUCCUUUUUCUUUAAAAAAAGAAAAGACAUUUGUCCUUC